CAACAGCAACACAUAGACCAGAAUACUGAACUUCAACGCAACUUUAUCAAACUCAUUGCGACUCCCCACAACAAAGCGCUCCAAGCACCAUGCUUCCUCGCGUAUCAAUCAACAUCCUCCCUCAAGAGGAUCAUGCGACCUCCCAAGCUUCACAGUUCUCUCAGACUCCAGUGCCUGGCAUCACACAGAUGCCCAUCGCCGGCGUAAAAUGCCCUACCUGUUUUGCAAAUGGGAUCGAAGUCUGGGUUAUCCGCGGCAAGAUCUGCGGAAACUGUGGCACAGAAUGUGGCUAAGCAACAGGUUUUGUUACACAGCGUCGGCGUGGCAAGCUCAUGGUUGAUGGCAAGAGG